AUGGGAGCGGUGAUUGAGCAAGCUAAUGCCCUCCUAAACACAAACACAAGCCCACAAAACAACCCAUACUCAAACACAUAUAACCCAGGUUGGAAAAAUCAUCCAAACUUCUCUUACAAAAAUGACCAAACUCAACCUUCACCCACAAACUACUCCCAACCACCUGGUUUCCAACAAAGGCCACCAUUCAACUCCUCCUCCUCAUCCUCAACAUCCAACCUUGAAACCAUCAUAGAGAAUUUAGCUUCUUCUCAGGCAAAGCAAAUUGAAUAUCAAGCGAAGCAGACCCAACUUGCUCAACAAAUCAGUCACCUCUCAAAACCUUCAGGCCUACUUCCAGGACAAACCGAACCAAAUCCGAAGGGGUAUAUCCAUGCUAUCUCAUUGCGAAGUGGUAGAGAAUUGGAAGAUCCAUAUAGGAAGAUGAAUGACCAAAGGAAGAGUGCAAAAGAGUCCAAAAAGUCGAGUGAAGAAGAUCAAGGCGAAAAAGUGUUGGAAAAGGAAGCUAAGGAGACUGAGAAAAAGGAACUUAUUGUCAUAUCUAUUGCCCCAUACAAGCCACCUGUUCCAUUCCCUCAAAGAUUGGCACAAGCAAAGCUAGAGAAGAAGUAUGGGAAGUUCCUUGAUAUUUUGAAGAAGUUGCACAUUAACAUCCCUUUCUUGGAUGCUAUCUCAAAGAUGUCUUCUUAUGCUAAGUUUUUGAAAGACAUGCUUUCCAACAAGAGAAAAUUGAAGAGAAUAACAAAGCUUCCAAAGAAGCUAGGAGAUCCAAGCAGUUAUUCUAUUCCCGUUAAGCUUGGUGAUAUUGAGAUCAAGAAUGCCUUAUGUGAUCUUGGGGCAAGUGUCAGUCUCAUGCCCUUGUCAAUCUGCAAGAAGCUCAAUAUGGGUGAACUGAAACCCACACGCAUCUCCUUACAACUACCAGAUAGAACAAUCAAGUUCCCCCUUGGCAUCCUUGAAGAUGUUCCUCUUAGAGUCGGAAAAUUUUUCAUUCCAUGUGAUUUUGUUGUUAUGGAAAUGGAAGAAGAUGCAAACGUUCCCAUUAUUCUUGGGAGACCCUUUUUGACCACUGCUGGAGCCAUAAUUGAUAUGAAAAAGGGAAAAAUCACCUUUGAAAUAGGUGAUGAGAAGAUGGAGUACACACUCACAGACUCCAAGGCUUCUCCAUCUAUGGGAGAAAUGGUUGAUAUAGUGGAUGUUCUCAAUGAGGAUACCCCGAUUAUAUCUAUCACUUCUUUUUCUAUGUCAAUUGAGAGAUCACUUGCAAAAAUCCAACAUUCAGUUGUUGAGAUUAAGGCAGAGCAGUGCAUUAAUAAGAAGAACUUGUCAUCCAUAUUCACAAUCUUGGAAAACCUCAAUACUUGGAUGCAGUCACCAGGGUUUCGAUCCCUUUGCUCUGCCCUCCUUAGUGAAGAUUUGUGA